AUUGUUUGUUACAAAUCAGAUGGUUAGCUUGAGGCCCAAACCCUAAAACGUAUUGUGGACAGAAGAGAUAUUAAAAAGGCUCAGCGCCGCACAACGUUCCUCUUUCUUUUUCUUUUUUUUCUCACAACAACAAUCUCUCCGACUCACACCAUUCCUUUACCCGCGAUUAGAUCGAAAACAAUGGAGCAACAAGGAGACCGCCCCGUGUUGAGCUUGAGGCCUGGAGGUGGUGGUCGUGGAGGAAGCAGACUCUUUGCCCAUCGCCCUUCCUCCUCUUCUUCUGAUUUCACCAAUGGCGCAGACGCUCCUUCUUUUGCCGUCAGGAGAGGAGAGGGUCAUGAGAUUUUGCGUUUCACCAGAGAACAGCUGCUUCAGCUUAAAGAGGCAAUCCAAGUCUCUGAGGAAAUUUUGAAGCUCAGUCGGGAGAUUUCAGCUGAUAUUUUCGGCGAAGAGCAGAGCUGGGGCCGUUCAGAAACCAAGCCUGCAGCUCAAGCUCAGAAUCGUUUCUCCGAGACUGAUAACCGUGACUGGCAUACUCGUGCACCAGCUCCUUCCCCAAGUAGAGAAAGGUCAAGGGAAGACCAACGUGAACCUAGAGAUGCCCGUGCUGGGGUGAGUGUUGACUACUCUGGCAGUUUUUUUUUUUUUUUGUGGUUAUUGCUUGUUACUGACAUGAUAACUUUGCUGAAACAGUCUGGUCCUCCUCCUGUUCUGGUGAAAGCUGAGGUUCCUUGGUCAGCUAAAAGAGGAACUCUUUCUGAGAAGGACCAAGUCCUCAAGACCGUGAAAGGUAUUCUGAACAAGAUGACUCCUGAGAAGUAUGAUCUCCUUAAAGGUCAAUUAAUUGACUCUGGGAUAACUUCUGCCGAUAUCCUAAAGGGAGUGAUACAGCUGAUUUUUGAGAAGGCUGUACUAGAGCCCACGUUUUGUCAGAUGUAUGCUCUUUUGUGUUUUGAUAUCAAUGGAAAACUGCCUUCCUUCCCAUCGGAGGAAGCCGGUGGAAAAGAAAUAACAUUCAAAAGAGUGUUAUUGAACAAUUGCCAAGAACAAUUUGAGGGAGCUGACAAAUUGAAGCAAGAAAUCAGACUGAUGACUGAUCCAGAGCAAGAAAUGGAUCGCAGGGACAAGGAAAGAAUGUUGAAGCUUCGAACAUUAGGAAAUAUCCGUUUAAUUGGUGAACUUCUGAAGCAGAAGAUGGUGCCCGAGAAGAUCGUCCAUCACAUCGUCCAAGAGCUUUUAGGAAGUGAUGUCAAAGCUUGUCCAGCAGAGGAAGAUGUAGAGGCUCUCUGUCAAUUUUUCAUCACCAUUGGAAAACAGCUCGAUGAGAGCCCAAGAUCACGAGGUACAAACGACACAUACUUCCUUCGCUUGAAGGAGCUGGCAAUGCACCCGAUGCUUGCGCCACGCCUGAGGUUUAUGGUCCGUAAUGUUAUUGAUCUGCGAGCUGACAACUGGGUACCAAGGCGGGAGGAGAUGAAAGCCAAGAAAAUUACUGAGAUUCAUUCCGAGGCAGAGAGGAAUCUCGGGUUGCGCCCUGGUGCAAUGGCAAAUAUGAGAAAUAAUAACAACCGCAGUGGUGCAGAUGCUGGUGCAGCUGACUCUGGAAACUUUUAUGGACGUUCUGGUACUGGAGGAAUGAUGCCUGGGAUGCCAGGGGCUAGGAAGAUGCCGGGAAUGCCAGGGGCUAGGCAGAUGCCAGGGAUGCCUGUAACAGAUGAUGACGGCUGGGAGAUGGCACGGUCCCGCUCCAUGCCCAGAGGGAAUAGGCAGAAUCAGCAGCCCGCAGGGCGUGUUCAGUCUCCCGUUAUCGGCAAGUCACCGUCCGUUAAUUCAAGGCUCCUACCUCAGGGCAGUGGAGGUCUCUUGGCUGGAAGACCAAGUGCCCUUUUGCAAGGUAGUGGUGCCGAACAGCCGAAACCCCUUCCUUCCCCGAGCAAACCAGCUAUGGAGAAGCCCCAGUCACAGGCACAGCCACAGCCACAGGAGGCAGCUUCUCCUAUGACCACUACCUUGGACUCAGAAGUGCUCAGCAGAAAAACCAAGUCGCUUUUGGAAGAAUACUUCAAUGUACGUAUAAUGGAUGAGGCAUUGCAAUGCGUAGAGGAGCUGAAAUCCCCAGCUUACCAUCCGGAGCUCGUCAAGGAGGCUAUCUCCUUGGGCCUGGAGAAAAAUCCGCCGUGCGUUGAACCAGUGGCGAGACUGUUGGAAUAUUUGGUCUCCAAGACGGUUCUAACUACUAAAGACAUAGGGAGUGGUUGUCUGCUUUACGGGUCUAUGCUCGAUGACAUUGGGAUCGAUCUGCCAAAGGCACCAAACAACUUCGGGGAGAUCCUUGGGAGUUUGGUUAUGGCCAAUGCAUCGGAUUUCGAGACGGUGGAAGAGAUUCUAAAGAAAAUGGAGGAUGAUCGGUUCAAGAAAGCAGUCUUGGAUGCUGUUAUCAAGAGUGUAAGCGAAUCUCUGUUGGCCGCGCAAGCAGCCAAAAUCGAGGCUUGCCGUAGUUUGGUGUAAGCAAGCUUUUUGUGUGGUUUCAUCUCUGUUACAGGUUACUUAAUUACAUCCAACAUUUCCUCUGUUUUGAUAAGCAUUUUCGUUUCUUGUUCAACCUUCAAAGCUUUUACUAUCUAUGUUUGAAUAAAUCUGGUUAUGUAUCCCCUCGGUUAUGUGGACCAUUUGUGAGUCAGUGAGGUCACACUUUUCAUUCA